AUGGCGAAGCUAAAGGCAAAUGUACUGCUCAAUGCAUUCAUUGCUCUUUUCUUGAUAUCAACAGCCACCGCUGCUGGCAACUCCCCCUUUGUCAUCACUCACAAGAAGGCAUCGCUCACCAGACUCAAAUCCGACGCUGAACGUGUGUCUGUAUCCAUCAAAAUCUACAAUCAAGGCUUCUCGACAGCAUAUGAUGGGAGUCUCAUGGAUCAUAGUUGGCCUAAAGAUGCAUUUGAUGUCAUCAGUGGUAAUAUUUCACAGUCAUGGGAGAAACUUGAUGCUGGUGGUGUUAUGUCACUUUCAUUUGAAUUAGAGGCCAAAAGACAAGGAAUGUUCUAUGGUGCCCCUGCAGUUAUCACUUUCCGUAUUCCCACAAAGGCUGCUCCACAUGAGGCAUAUUCAACUUCGCUCUUGCCAUUAGAUAUCCUCGCCAAAAUACCUCCCGAGAAGAAGUUUGACUGGGCCAAGAGAUUGCUGGCUAAGUAUGGAUCUCAAACCUCUUUAAUAUCAAUUGUGGCUCUUUUCGUCUAUCUGUUGGUUACCCCAUCAAAAUCCAGUGGUGCAAAAGCACACAAGAAGAAGCGCUAAGGAUU